UGGUAACAAAUCAAUAUAAAAGAGACGAAAAUGUCGCAGGUGAAUCAGUUUGCAGUCGACUGCUGUGACUCCUGUACAUUAGUAUCAGCACAGAAUAAAGCCAUGCUGGUGUUGCUGAUGGUAGCGGUGACCUCGCUGGUCCACUCGGCUCCAGUCAUCAACAUUUCCCUGCCGCUGGAUUGUGAAGACGUUUACAACCUGAAGAUAAGCACAAAUAAAAGCGCUUCAGUUCCCAGUGGAGUGUACACCAUUUACCCCGCGGGUCCUGAUGAACCGGUGACGGUGUACUGUGAUAUGGGCUGUGGAGAAAACAACAGCCACCAGGAUGGGAAAUGGACUGUGAUUCAGAGGAGAAUUGAUGGUAAUGUGAGUUUCUACCAGCCAUGGGAGCAGUACAAGAAUGGAUUUGGUGAUGCCAAUGGUGAAUAUUGGAUAGGUUUGAGGAACAUCUUCCUGAUGACCUACAGGGAGAAAUAUCAGCUGAAAGUGAACAUAGAGGAUUUUGAGGACGGCAAUGCCUACGCCCAGUACACUUUUUUCUACAUUGACCCGGAGUCCAACAAUUACAGGCUGAAUAUUGGUGGAUACAUCGAUGGAGGAGCAGGUGAUUCUUUGUCUUAUGUAAACGGAAGAGAGUUUUCAACCUUUGACAAAGACCCAACAGGAUACUGUGCAGACACUUUCAGUGGAGGAUUCUGGUACAGCUAUUACUACUGGGGGCAAUGCCACCUCGCCAACCCCAAUGGCCUGUACAAGCAUGGGAAUAUGGCCACAGCAAACACAGGGAUCAUGUGGCAGACCUGGAAAGGCAACUACUACUCUCUGAAGAAUAUUGUGAUGAAGAUCAGAAGGUUGGGUCUGGAAGAUAUUACAAAUCUUUAGCUUCCCAGACCUCGAAUGGUAAAAGAGUAGAACAGAGAGGAACAUGUGUAAUAUCUCUGACUACCAUACCGCAGUAAAAUGCUUAAACUACUCAUCAAUAAUUCCUAUAACGCUCUCGAAUCUUAACGCUAUUCAAUUUCCUUUUCUAAAUAUUUUACUUCUGGAAAAAAGUUAUCUUUCAAAAUAUGUUAAUCAUGUGUCUUCCAUUGUACUUGUGAAAACUGUAUAAACAACAUUAAAGAAUGAAAUAAUCAGUAAA